AGCCGAGGGGAGCGCGCGCCAUGGCGGCCCCUCCGUGCGCCUUCUCCCCCCGCGGGUGCCGCUUGUUCGCCUCGUCCGGGCCCGAUGGGCGGCUGCGCUUGUGGGACACGGCCGGCAGCCGCCUGCAGCACGAGUACGUGCCCUCCGCCCACCUCAGCGCCGCCUGUACAUGCUUGGCCUGGGCCCCGGCGGGGGCGCGGCAGCCCCCCAGCAAGGAUGGCCCCCAGAGGAAAAAACGGAAGUCUGAAGUUGGAGAAGUGGACAAGCAGUUAGAUAUCCUGGCUAUUGGUACAGCAGUUGGUAGCAUUUUGUUGUACAGCACAGUAAAAGGGGAAUUACAAAGCAAGCUAGAUGGUGGUCACGACAGUAGAGUAAACUGUGUGAGAUGGCAUCAAGACAGCUGCUGCUUGUAUAGCUGUUCAGAUGACAAACACAUUGUGGAAUGGAACACACAGACCUGCAAAGUAAAGUGUAAGUGGAAAGGUGACAAUAGCAGUGUCACCUGUCUAUGCAUUAGUCCAGAUGGAAAAAUGCUGCUGUCAGCCGGUAGAAAUAAACUGUGGGACUUGGAGACCAAAGAAGUCUACAGACAUUUCACAGGCCAUGCUACAUCAGUGUCAUCAUUAAUGUUUACCACAGUGAAACCUAUGAAUGAAAGUAAACCUUUUGAUGGAAUUACAGGACUUUAUUUCUUGUCUGGAGCGAUACAUGAUCGAUUAUUGAGUGUGUGGCAGAUCAGAUCAGAUAGGAAAGAAAAGAAUGCUGUGAUGUCUUUCACAGUAACAGAUGAACCAACUUUUGUUGACCUGACUGUAUCAGAAGUCAAAGAAGAGCCUGUGAAGUUAGCAGUUGUGUGCAGAGAUGGGCAGUUGCAUUUAUUUGAACAUAUCUUGAAUGGUUAUUGCAAAAAACCCUUAACAUCAAACUGUACUGUUCAGAUAGCAACACCUGGGAAUGAUGGGGACUCCACACCGAAACCAGUCCCUAUUCUAGCAGCUGCAUUUUGCACAGACAAACAGUCUCUGCUGCUGGUGUAUGGAAGCACCUUACAGCCCAUCAUAGAGAAAGUGUCUUUGAACACCAGUGAAUCCCACGUAUGUUUGGUACGGGACGUCCAGAAAGUGUUGUCACUUAAAACAGAUGCUGCUCUAACAAAGGUAAAGACACCUGUUGUGAACUCGGACACCAAAGUUCUUGUGCCUGGCAUUCCAGGACAUAGUACAGCUGUCAAAACUCCAGCCUCGGGAAAGGAGAAAAAGAAAAGCAAGAGGAAACCAGGAGAGACAGAGGAGAGCAUUGAGGAGCGCCUUGGGGCAUUGGAUAUUGAUGUGAACAAAGUCAAAACUCCAGGUGGCCUUCCCCAAACAGACAGCUUUGCCGUGCUGCUGGUUCAGGGCUUGGAAAGCAACGAUGCAGAAAUCUUAAAUAAAGUGCUUAACACAAGGAAAGAAAAUGUAGUAAAGAACACAGUAGCCAGAAUGCCUAUACAUGCUGUCAUUCCACUGCUGCAUGAGCUUACAAAGAGAUUGCAGGGCAACCCAUACAGUGCCUCACUAAUGGUUCGAUGGCUGAAGUCUGUUUUUACCCUACAUGCAUCCUACCUGUCCACAUUGCCAGACCUUAUUCCUCAGCUGGGAAUGUUAUACCAGUUGAUGGAGAGCAGAGUAAAAACUUUGCAAAAGCUUUCCCGUCUGCAUGGAAGACUCUUCAUUCUUGUCACCCAGGUUGCAGCAUCACAAACAGUUCAGGAUGUACCUGAGGUUAAUCAGACUGCAAAGCUCGUCUAUGAGGAUGACUCCUCGGAGGAGGAAGGCUCAGAUGAUGAGAUGAUUGCAGAUAAAGACUCUGACGAAAACUGGGAUGAAGAUGAAGAAAAAGAGGAGCAAUCUGAUGAACAAGACAUGACUGUUGAAAAGGAAAUCAACGGUGAUUCUGAUUUGGAGCCAGAAAAUGAAAGUGAAGAAGAAUAACAGCACAAAAGAGUAAUUUUAGCAGUUUGAACAAGUGGGCCACCUCUGAUUCUGGAUCCUGUUGCUGAAAGAUGCUGUAUUUGCAUAUCAGGAGUGCAGAACGUUGCACAGCCUGUGUGCAGAGGCACCUGUGGGGCACUGCAUUUCUGAAUCCAGAAUGUUUAACCGUGCCAGCCUUCUCUCGCCCUCCUUCCCUGCGCUUACUUAGAGAAACGUUUCCUCCACCUUCCGGUCAGAUUAUGCCUGUCAUGUGGACAUGCAUUUGUAUCUCAAAUGAAUAAAUCUGCCACUGCUGUUUGUGUGGGAAACUUG